AUGGUUAUCCGAAGUCUCAUUUUGCUCGUAAUCCUAACCAUCGUGAAUCUUCCCUUCAAUCAUGGUCAGACAGAAUCUUCCAAACCUCAAGAUGUCCGAGCUGCGUAUUGGCCUACGUUCAUUGAUUAUCCCGCUUCUAAUAUCGACACGUCGUACUUCUCGCACAUUUACUUUGCAUUUGUUCUUCUCUCUCCGACAACUUACGCACUCGAUAUCACACCAGAUCAAGUCACAAAGCUACUCGAAUUUACCAACGCCAAGAGUGGUUGGAAUCCGCCAGCCAAGACUGUCUUAUCAGUCGGAGGUGGUGGAGGUGAUGACUUAAAGACCACUUUCUCUCGCAUGGCUAGUAAUCAAUAUUCUCGUUCAAGUUUUAUUAAUUCGACUAUUGAAGUCGCCCGAAAAUACCAGUUUGAUGGUAUAGAUCUUGAUUGGGAAUACCCAUCAAGCGAUUCUGAUAUGGCGAAUUUAGGUGUAUUACUUAACGAAUGGCGAGAGGCUAUUGAACAAGAAGCCAAUGUCAACCAAAAACAACGACUCAUACUGACAUCGGCCGUUUAUUAUGCCUCCAGAGUUUACUCCGAUAACGGACCUUUAUUGUACCCGAUCAAAGCGAUAACUCAAUCUGUUGAUUGGAUUAGUCCGAUGUGUUAUGAUUAUCAUGGUUCUUGGGAAGAUUUCACUGGAUUGCAUUCUGCAUUAUACGACCCAGAUAGUGAUCUCAAUACAGAUUUUGGUAUCGGGUCAUGGAUUCAGGCAGGUGUGGCGCCUGAAAAGAUUGUAAUGGGCCUGCCGUUAUAUGGAAAGACAUGGGCACUUGCGGACCCGAAUGUCAACAAUGUCGGGGCCAAAACCAUUGGGACAGGCCCAGGAAGUGGAGAACUGAGGUACUCUGAAGUCAUUGAUUUCAAUAAGAAGAAUAGUGCAGUGGUUGUGUUCGAUGACAAAAGGGUUUCAUAUUAUUCGUAUUCUGGGAAUUCAUGGAUAUCGUAUGAUGAUGUUCCAUCAAUUCAAUCGAAAGUCCGUUAUGCAAAAAAUAAGGCCCUAAGUGGCUAUUUCCUUUGGGCAUUGGGCCAAGAUUUAGAUUGGGCUUUACGAGUGCAGCAUCUGAAACAUGGUUAA